AUGGCGGAAGCGAGGUGGGGUAAUUUAACACAUAAUGUUUUGGAAAUAAUAUUUUCUUAUUUAGAUCUGAAUGAUUUACGUGGUUGCUCCUUAGUUUGCAAGAAUUGGUACAAGUUAUUAAACGAUGAAGACAAUGAUGUGUGGCGUAUGCACUGUAUACGUAAACUCGCGGAGGAUGCUUUACGAUCUGACGUUUUAUCUAGUGUUCCAACUUACAAAGCAAAGCUGAGAGCAUUUUUUCAUGCUUGGGACCCAAACGAAUGCUCUCGGAAUGUAUAUAUCAAGCCAAAUGGUUUUACACUUCACCGGAAUCCCGUAGCCCAAAGUACUGAUGCAGCCAAAGGUAAAAUUGGCUUUAGAACUGGUCGCCACUGUUGGGAAGUGUGGUGGGAAGGCCCUCUCGGCACCGUGGCAGUUAUUGGUAUUGCGACCAAAGAAGCUCCUGUACAGUGUCCUGGUUAUGUUGCGCUUCUUGGCUCCAAUGCUGAAAGUUGGGGUUGGAACUUAGUGGAUAAUCAUUUACUUCAUAACGGUGAUAGCCAAGGAAAUUAUCCACAGUUAAAUAAUGCUCCUAAAUAUCAACAAGUCAUGGAUUUUGCUCCCAUGGUGCCUGUGCAGGUUGGAGAGCGGAUCCGUGUGAUUCUGGACUGUGAAGACAACACUCUUGCCUUUGAGAGAAACUACGAAUUCCUAGGAGUUGCUUUUCGGGGACUUCCUGACAAGAAACUCUACCCUGCAAUAUCCGCAGUCUAUGGGAAUACAGAAGUAUCCAUGGUUUACUUGGGGCAUCCGUUGGACGGUUGAUGAAACUGCACUUAGUUGUAGUUGAUUGAAUUAUAGGUUGGUUUUUGAACUGAAGACUGCUGGACAUUUUAACUAAUGACUUCUGUCACAGUGCCAUAUUUGAUACCAAAUGUCAUUUCUAGUUCAUUUCAUGUGUGAAGGGUACGAUGUCGCAGAGACAUUCAUGCUUCCAUCAAACUACCUUCAUCCCUAACAAAAUGUUACAAAUUUUAAA